GGUGACUCGGUGCCCACCUGCCUUGCCAGAUGACGCGGUGUGCCCGCUGGCGAGCCAAAUGACCUGAUGCCUGGUGACCCAUGCCCGCUGUCCAGCCGAGACGAUCCAAUGUCUGACCCAGUGCCCGCGGUCAUACGAGUUGACUCGGAGCCCACUGCCUUGCCAGAUGAACGCGGUGCCCAGCUUGUCGAGCCAAAUGACCUGAUGCCUGGUGAGACCCGAUGCCCGCUGUCCAGCCAGACGAUCCAAUGUCUGACCCGAGUGCCAGCGGUCAUGCCAGUUGACUCGGAGCCCACUGUCAUGCCUGGUGACUCGGUGCCUGUCGCUCCGCCUGGGGGUCCAGGCGCCCGCCGCUCCGCCUGGGGGCCCGAGACCUGUCGCUUCGCCUAGGGGUACGGCGCCCCCGCCGCUCCACCUGGGGGCCCGAGACCUGUCGCUUCGCCUGGGAGAGUCCGGCGCCCGCCGCUCCGCCUGGGGGCCCGAGACCUGUCGCUACCGCCUAGGGGUCCCGGCGCCCGCC